AGGAUUUCUCCUUUUGACUCCCUCAUUUGCAGUUUAUACCUCUCUCAGCCCAUCAAUUGCCGGAAGAGCUGCUCUGGAGUUUGAGCUUGAGCAUCUGAAAGAAAAAUGACGGGCGGUUUAAGAGUCCUAAGUCGGUCACUGAAACAUUACAAACCCACAACCUCUAUAUUUCCAGAGAAUUCACUCUCUCCUCAAUCCAACCAAUGGAUUUACCAAACUCGCCGGACUCUGAUUUUAGAAUCAGCACCGUCACGCUCCGUCACCCUCCACCGACUCCCUGACUCCGAUUCCGGGAUUGUUGAGGUUAGGUUGGAGAGGCCGGAGGUGAGAAAUGCAAUUGGGAAAGAUAUGCUGAGAGGUUUACAGAACACCUUUGAAGCUGUCAGUGAGGAUUCUUCUGCUAAUGUUUUGCUGAUCCGCAGCAAAGUUCCCAAGGUGUUCUGUGCUGGAGCAGAUUUAAAGGAACGGAAAAUGAUGAGUGCAUCUGAAGUUCGAGAUUUUGUCAACACACUGCGUGCCACGUUCUCAUUUUUAGAGGUACUUUCUAUUCCAACAAUUGCUGUCAUUGAAGGAGCAGCAUUGGGUGGUGGACUUGAAAUGGCUUUAUCAUGCGAUCUUCGGAUAUGUGAAGAAGAUGCAGUGAUGGGCUUGCCAGAAACAGGACUUGCUAUCAUUCCUGGGGCAGGUGGAACACAGCGGCUUCCUAGAUUGGUUGGAAAAGCAAUAUCAAAGGAACUCAUAUUCACUGGUAGGAAGAUUGGCGGCAGGGAAGCAGUGUCGAUAGGUUUGGUAAAUUACUGUGUUCCUGCUGGUGAAGCUCAUCUAAAGGCACUUGAAGUUGCUCGCAAUAUAAAUGAGAAGGGUCCAAUAGCAAUAAGGAUGGCAAAAAAAGCUAUUGAUGAGGGACUGGAGGUAGAUAAGACCUCAGCUUUGGCUCUUGAAGAACAUUGCUAUGAAAAGACGUUGAACACAAAUGAUCGCUUGGAAGCCCUAUCAGCAUUUGCUGAGAAGCGAAAGCCAAAGUACACUGGAGAUUAAGAUGAUAAACUUGCUAUAAUUUGUCUGGAUAAGUUUCUUGGUUGGGCAGAAAUAAACUUGUCAGCAAUGACAAAAUGACAGGUCAGUAGAGGUCUUAAUUUUAUUUGAUCAUAAGUUACUAUUUAAUGAAUAGCUGAUUAAAUGUUUUGUUUGGGUGUCCGUGGAUUGAAUGUGUUCCUUAGUGAAUCAAAUAAUUGUACUCCUCAAUAUUGUUUCUUUUUACACUAA